CUCCGAGCUGUCAAACGUCGAGUGUUUCCGUUCUUUUUGAUCGUGAAGUGUAAUCAUGGCGGUCGGCAAAAAUAAGGGUACCUCCAAAGGAGGCAAAAAAGGAUCGAAAAAGAAGGUUGUGGAUCCGUUUACCCGCAAGGAUUGGUACGAUGUGAAAGCCCCGAACAUGUUCGCGACCCGGCAGGUCGGUAAGACCCUGGUAAAUCGUACCCAGGGCACAAGGAUUGCCUCCGACGGUCUCAAGGGCCGCGUGUUUGAGGUUUCUUUAGCCGAUCUGCAAAACGAGAACGACGCUGAGAGAUCUUUCCGUAAGUUUAAACUUAUUGCUGAAGAUGUCCACGGACGCAACGUGCUGUGCAACUUCCACGGAAUGGAUUUGACCACCGAUAAACUUAGGUCCAUGGUCAAGAAAUGGCAAACCCUGAUCGAGUGCUCGGUCGAUGUCAAGACUACCGACGGCUACCUGCUGCGUGUGUUUUGCAUCGGUUUCACCAUCAAGGAUUCCGUUUCCCAGCGUAAGACCUGCUAUGCUCAGCACUCGCAGAUCAAGGAAAUCCGCAAGAAGAUGACCAGCAUUAUCACCCACGAUGUGACCAGCUCGGAUCUGAAGGAGGUCGUAAACAAGCUGCUGCCUGAUUCGAUCGCCAAGGAUAUCGAGAAGGCAUGCCAGGGAAUCUAUCCGCUGCACGAUGUCUACAUUCGUAAGGUUAAGGUACUGAAGAAGCCGCGCUUCGAUCUGGCCAAUCUGCUGGAACUACACGGUGACGGUGGUGGCAAGGGAGCCGAAGUGUCGACCGGAGCUGCCGAAGGUGGUGUGACCAUCGACCGCCCAGAAGGCUACGAACCACCAGUACAGGAGUCGGUUUAAGUCCCCAGCUGUUAAGAGCGUCUUAGAUUUAAAUCAGUAAUAUUUCCAUGGGGCGAGAAGGUGAACUGUCGUGCUGAACAGGAGAGCGGGAGGAAAUACAACCGAAACUGUUGUACAAAA